AUGCCAGUGCACUCCUCUAGCAGCGACGCCCCCAACUGGCGACGCGGCGGUCACAAGAGCUCGCUCUCACCGCCCUACCCAGCACCAGCCCCAGUCCCAGUCCAUCGCGAACACCUCGCGCAUCGCAAGGACAAGGACCGCGCCCAAGACAACUGGAGGGCGCACGCCCAGCCCAUCACCGCCUCCACAAAGCCGCACCAUGACACUGCGGCUCGCUCACAGCCCAUGUCCAUCUCACCCUCCAACGGCAAGCGAGACGCAGCUUCCUCCAGUAGCUCCAAACCUUCUUUGCUCUCCACCAGCCGCAAACGCGACAAGGCCAACAUGCUCGAUGCCGACUGGAUCCCCGGUCAGCAUCCCCAUCCCCAACCCAGCGCUCCACACGCCAUCAAGCCAAGCAGCAUGGGCAACGGCAUCAUCGGUCGCUCGCCUGAGUUUGGCACCUCGCCUACCAACCCCAAGACCAACGGCUUUGCUGCCAUGCGCCACCACUGGCCCCUCUCUUCGUCACUGGAAAAGUCACAAUCAACAGGGCCAGCCGCCCACCUCCAUCCCCUCCGCAUCGAGCACAACGAAGGCUCGCGCUUCUUCCCCACCUCUUCCACCCCACAUCGUCCUGCUCACCAUACACAAAACCCUCAGCACCUCUUCCAAGCCACAAGCAGGCUGGCAGACGCCGACCCCAACGACAACUGGAUGCUGACACCCACCAGCUCGCUUCCCAGCAUCCCCAGCACACCCAACCGGCCGCGUGAAGCCAGCACGGAAAGGUCGCUCGCCGCUUCCAACCAACCCGCCGAAGUUGCCAAGGCAUCGAAUCUGCGCACCCCUCUGUUCACCAAGGUUCCGGUAGAACAGCUUCAGGCUUCCUCCAGCGAUCUCGCUCGCACCCCAAGUCCUAGCCACGGCCACGGAUUCGGACGCCACGAAACUGGCUUCACCGGCACCUCGCUCUUCAAUCGAGGUCCGAGCGUCAACGUCCAGUCGUCCCCCAAGCGUUCGCCCCUCGUGCUGGCCAACAUCCCCCUUCGGCAGGGAGCCGGCAACGGCGCGACUAAUCCAGCCCUGCUGAGCCCGACCACCUCACCCAAGCUCACGCAUCGCACGUUGUCGCCCAUGACAAGACACCCUCCCGUCAUCGCUGAAGCUCACUCGAACGGCGACCGAAUGGUCAGCAGCAUCGCCUCCAUGCUCGGCAGUCCGGCGGCUCAGGGCCGGCCUGGCCCGGCGUCCCGUCGCGAAUCGUUCACCUCGACGGCCUCGGCCGGCGCCGGACACACCAUGUCCCACUCAAGGCGCAGCUCCGCUGUGCUCUCCCCUCACUCGCCUACCGUUCAGAACCGCAUCGGUGUCUACCGCCCGCCUCAUCUCCGCAACCGUGGCAGCGUAUCCGGCUUAAAGCCCAGCGUGGCGCACUAUGACCGCGUACGUACACCGAGCCUGCGUGGUCUGUCUCGAUCCAGGGAGUCCUCCAUCUCGCUCAGUCGGCCAAGCAGCCGACCACCCUCGACCGUACCUUUCUACCAUACGGACAGCAUUCCAGAGGACGGUCCUGUAGCAGAAGAUGCCGCAAGGGCUCCGCUCCGGGGCCGUCAGAGCACCAUGUCCAUCCAUCUACCCGGCUUGAUCGCCGACCAGCAGCAGCGCAACGCUGCUGCAGCGGCAGCGGCGGCUUCGGCUUCGGACUCGGACGACGGCCAUACCGCCUCGUUUGUGCCCAACACCACCUCUCUCUUGGAGCAGCCUCUCGAUAGUGCCUCCCUCCUCGCCAAGCUCAGGGCUCAGCUGGUCCGCCGUGAAGCAGCAGCAUCCGAUGCCGCAGCCUCGGAGGCAGAUCGCCUCUCCGUCGUGACCGACGACAACGAGCAGGACUUCUUCGAUCUGUCCGAUAUGAUGGAGUAUGGCGCUUCAGAAGGCCAUCCCUUGAGCCGCUAUGGCAGCAUGUACGCCCUCGAGGGCCGUCCCCUCGGAGAUGUUUUCGACGUCGGCGAUCUUCUCGGCCCUGGCAUGGAGCACGACGGUCAUGUGAUCCAGAUCGCCGAGACCACCCCGGGCUUCGUCGACCAGAACGAAGAUCUGACAGGCAGCAAGCUCGAAGUCGUUCGCAAGCUCGGCGAAGGAAGCUAUGCCGUCGUCUACCUCGUCAAGGAGGUCAGUGCGGAAGAUGCCGCCGUCCAGGUGGCCCAGAAGACCGUCGCUAUUCCCACCUCGGCCUCGCGAGCAUCUGCGACCGAGGCCAACGGCCGUCAUCCCGACGACGAUGCCGAUCUGACCAUGGUCGCCUCAUCCGAAGAUCUUCUGAGCACCACGCUCAAAGCGAACGGUAAGAACAAGGAGAACGGCUUCCACAACUCUCCGGCCCUUGAAGAAAGAAGGCGCAAGGAUCUUAGAAUCAACACGCGCCUGCGACCGGGCAAGGAGUUUGCGCUCAAGUGCCUCUGCAAGCGCGAUCUGCCUGAAGACAUGCUCGAGGUGCAGCGUCUGGAGGCAACCAUCCACCAGUCCAUCCCUUCGCAUCCGAACAUCGUCACCCUUUAUCGCACCUACGAGACGCCAGAUUGGCUCUUUCUCGUUCUGGAGUAUUGCCCGGGUCAGGAUCUCUACUACUGGCUCGAGCAGGCUCAGGACACGGGGCAGCCAUCUCCGACCGAGGGCGAGACGGAUCGAGACCAGGCCACGGACGACAACUACCAGCGACUGGGCACUUCGCUCGAUGCCACGCCGCCCUCGCCUUCGCUGCUUGCCUCCACAUCGGGGCGUGGACUGCUUUCCAAGCGUCGCAUCCGCUUAAUCUCGCGCAUGUUCCGACAGAUCUGCGACUCUGUCCAAUUCUGCCACGACCGUGGCGUCAGCCAUCGCGACAUCAAGCCCGAGAACUUCAUCGUCGAGGACCGCCGCACGAUCGAGGAGAUGCAGUCGGCGUGCCCUGACACGAGUGCAGGCACCCUAGUGGAAAGCACGCGUGAUGGCGACGAUGCGCAGGUGAUCGUCAAGAUGACCGACUUUGGUCUUGCCACGGCCGAGGAUCGCUGCGACGACUUUGAUUGCGGAAGCAAGCCUUACAUGGCGUUCGAAUGCCACAACAACAUCUCUUCGUCCUACGACCCCAAGCAAGCCGACAUCUGGUCGCUUGGCGUGGUGCUUCUGAACUUGCUGUUCCAUCGCAGUCCGUUCACGGAGCCAUCCAUGAACUGUCCUUCGUUCGCCGCCUACUGCGAGGAUCCGAUUCGUUUCUUGAUGGAAUCGUUCGACGGCCUCACCGAGACAGUCGCCCGUUUCCUAUCCGAGAACGUCUUUUGUUCCGUUACGGACGACGACGAUGUUUCCGAGAAGAGGAUCUCAGCCGGCGAAUUCUCGCGCUGGGCUAUGGGCCUUGUCGAUCAUAUGGGCUUAUCUGGAUCGGGACGCGGCCGCAUCUCCCGCGGUGCAUCGCUCUACUCGACCAUCCCGCUCAUCCAUUCGCGCACCGGCUCCAUGUCGACGCUGCCAUCGUUGCUCAGCUCGCCUCGACCUCGAGCGCGCUCGUUGGCGCGUGAUACCGAUCACAUCCCCGACCUGGACGUGGCAGCUGACGCGACGUUCCGCGCCGCCUUUGGCUCGGCUAGGCAGGGAAGCUUGUCGCCCUAUCCUUCGCUCUUCACCCCGGACGUACUGCCAUCGCCGACCUUUACGCCGUCUCCUCAGCCGCCCGAGCGCAAUCCGUUUGACACGCAGUACGCAGCAGCCUCGAAUGUCACUCGCACUCCGGAAACCAUCUCCGAGUCGCCCGAGCAGCAGCACGACGCGAAUUUGCCGUUCAUGGAGGACUCCACGCAGACCAUGGUGGAAGCGGCCAUUCAAGAAGACGAAUCCACUCGGCCUCACGAUCUUAUAACUGACAAUAUAGAGGCGGAGGCUGCCCUCUCGAUGGUGGACUCGGACUCAAAGCCAGCUUCGACGGCAGCUGAAACGGCCGCUGCUCAGCAUGUAGACGGGCGGGGCGCGGCUGUUGCAUCAGUCGAUGCGAGUCUCGAUCAGAGCCAGGAUGCCGAGAGUGGUCCAGGUGAUGGCGAGGUCGAGGUGGACGCUGCAGAACACGAUGACGCAGCAGAAGCGGGGGCAGAUGCGGAUGCGCCUGCAGCACAAGACGGCGACAAGGCGGAGAGCAUCACGACGUCAAACCACUCGAAGAGGCGCAAGCGCGGUGCUCGCAAGGGACGCACACUCGCCAAACAGCUCAAGCGAUCUCAGUCGGUCGAGGGUAUGGCGGACGUCGAUGCGAACGACCCAGAGGCGAAGGCUCGCGAACGCGAGCGUACGAUUCGCGAGCUGGCAAUGGCAUCCGAGAGCCUCGCACGUCAAAUGAGCAAGAUGGCCAAGCCGAGCGAAGCUGCGGAUGCUGCGAUUUCUCCGCAGAUUGUGCUGUCGAGGCCCACCGCCGAGACGGUGGCGCGCUACAGUCAGCAGAAUUUGGUCGACGGAGCGGCCGAGGGCUCUGCGACGGCACGAAGCGUGCGACCAGGCGAAGAGGCGGGUGUGGCUGGCGCAAGUGCAGCGCCCACCAACUGGUCGUCGGCGGCGGUGCGUCGCGAACGCAUGAGCGAGCAACGCAAGACGGGUGGACCGCUGCUGCAAGAUUCGGGACGUACGCGCGUCAUGUCGUGGCGAGAGCGAAAUCCGUCGGUGGCGACGUUUUCUUCGAUGGCGUCUUCGGUGACGACGGCGUCGAGCCACAGCUCGGUGUCGUCGGCGACGUCGAGCAUCUACUCGACGGCGUCUGCGCCCGCAGCUCUGCCGCGCAAGGACUUUUCUGCGCGCAACCGGACGAGAGGGAGCGGAUUCGGACUGGAUACGAUUUCGGAGCGCGAAAGGGCGGCGCCUUCGAAGAAGGAGGUGGACGCCAAGUAUCUGGCGGGCAUCUUUGGUGGCGGCGACAACUCGAAGGCGGAUGCCAAACGCAAGACGUCGUCGCUGGCGAAAUCGGCCGAGCCCACUCGUACCGAGACGAACGGCACAACGGUCAAAGCCAACGAUGCGGCGAUGUCGAACGAGGCGAGAGCCGCUCGAGGUGGAGAGAGCGGCCGCGUGGGUGCAGACGCCGGUGCUGGGGUCGAUCGCGUGGCAUCGGCCUCACAGCCGACGCAGCUUCGUGCGGGCGAAUCCAAUCUAGGCGCCAACGGCGUGCGAAGUGUCAGCGUGGGAAGCGCCAACUCGACUUCGAGCGCGUCUGGGGUGGCGGCGUCAUUUGUGUCGCGCUUCCGACGACCGAGCUCGUCGUCAUCGGCGAACAAGGCCGCCGGUGCGCUGGAGGGCGGAACGGCACUCGCGGCGACGGCUUCGACCGGCUCGGAGGGCGAGAAGGGGAGCGGCCGAGGCGCGGGUAUGGGCAUGCUGCGUGACGCGUCGACGAGCACGAGCAGCCUGCACACUAGCAGCGAGGCUCGUGGCCAGGCGGCGGGGGCAAGCUCGGCGCAUGGCGGCGGCAAGCCGGGGAUUACGAGCAAGGGUUCUGCCGAUGCGACUUCGGUGGCCGAGGGGGCGGCAGCGCAGGCGCCCAAGAAGCGCGGCAUGGGCAAGUUUCUGCUGGGCAUGCGUGACAGCAUCAAGAACUUCUGA